AUGAAGCACGCAACGGAUACCCGGAAGCCCUACAGUGGUUUAUCCCGAUCGCUUGUCAUUGCGAUCGAUGUUGGAACCACCUUUAGCGGUGUCUCUUAUGCCAUCCUAGAACCAGGCGAGAUACCGAAGAUACACGGUGUAACUCGAUUCCCCGGACAAGAACAUGUUGCAGGAAACUCGAAGAUACCUUCUCUUAUAUACUACGAUAAUCAUGGAAGGCUCAUGGCGGCCGGCGCGGAGGCGGAAAAUAGCAUGAUUGUAGCCCAAGCAGAGGACGGAGGAUGGAUCAAGGCUGAACUCUUCAAGCUUCGCCUCCGACCCCGUACGAUGCAACUCAACAUGAACGGCAUGCGUCUCUCUCCGUUGCCCAAGCGCAAAACACCUGUGCACGUAUUUGGCGACUACCUCAACUACCUUUAUAACUGCACUCGGUCUUUCAUCAGCGAUACACACGCGAACGGCCGGACACUUUGGAAUUCCGUGGAACCUGACAUCCAAUUUGUCCUCAGCCAUCCAAAUGGCUGGGAGGGCCCGCAGCAGACGAGAAUGAGGAAUGCCGCCGUAUAUGGGCAGCUAGUGCCGGACACGGACGCAGGAAGAGCCAGGAUAAGAUUCGUGACUGAAGGCGAGGCUAGUCUGCAUGCUUGCGUUUUGAAUGGGCUUGCGGCGGACGUAUUAUCGAACCCCUCCAAACAUGGCUUUUUGAUUGCGGACGCUGGAGGAGGGACACUCGAUAUCAGUGCCUAUGCUAUCAGAGGAACAUCCCCGCUGACGAUGGAGGAAAUCGCGCCGCCAGAUUGUAUUUUCGCGGGGUCGAUAUUCGUUAGCAGACGAGCUAGAGAGUUCUUAGAAGAAAAGCUCAAACACUCAAAAUACGGCACACCCGACUCGCUUGACCACAUUACACGCAAAUUUGAUGAGACCACGAAACGGUUAUUCCGGGACCGCAACGACCUCCAGUUCAUUCCUUUUGGAUCACCCUUAGACAAGGACCCGACUGUUGGGAUCCGCUCUGGCCAACUGAGGCUGACCGGAAACGAAGUCGCCAACCUUUUCGAGCCCUCGGUGGAUGCUGCUUUCAAUGCUAUCAAGGCUCAAAUUGAUGCCUCGAACGGCAUGAUUAGAUCGGUGUUCCUUGUAGGAGGAUACGCAGCCUCGCCGUGGCUUUUUAGCCAACUCCAAGAACGCCUCAAGCCAUUCCGAAUCACCGUUAGUAGACCAGAUACUCAAACCUCCAAAGCUGUUGCGGACGGCGCUAUUGGUUUCUACUGUGACCACCACGUCGCAGCACGCAUGUCUAAAUUCAUGUACGGUGUCGAAUUUUUGCGCGAACUUAACCCCGAAGAUCCGGAACACCUCAAGCGAAAGGAGAAGCUUUGCGAGCUGCCCUCUGGGCCGAAACUAUUGCCUGAUGCAUUUGAUUGCAUAUUAGCUAGAGGCGUCAAAGUCAAGGAAUCUACUGUAUUUACUAGAAAGUAUUGCACCGAGAUCACGAAUCUUUCCAUGCUCUCGGUUUUCGAAGUCGAGAUUUGGUGUUAUAGAGGAGGGAAUACGGUGCCUAAAUGGAUCAAUAGACAUGAUGAUGUGUUUUCUACUUUAUGCGUCGUUCAAGCCGAUCUAUCACUUCUCAACAAUAGUGCAGAACCAAAAGCUGGCAGAAAUGGGAAGAAGUAUUGGACGAUUGUUUUCUCUGUUGAGAUCCAUUUCGGCCUCACAGAAUUCAAGGCCAGGAUGAAGUGGAUGGAUAACGGUCAAGUCAGAUACGGACCAGCUGUUAUUGUGUACAAUGAACGUGGACAUCGUAUAGAUGACGAUGAUAUCGACAUCUAUCCAGAAGAUGAUCAAUCCUUCCAGUCAAGCCGCUUGGAUCGUGACCGCUCAAGGAGAGACCAACCACCCUCAAGAGCACGUACACCUGUCGAUUCAUACUACCCGCAAUCGCCGACUGGCAGCAGCAACCGUCGCGUUUCCACCGUUACAGUCACCCCAGAAGCCCCUCGCGUUGAACGCACAUCAUCCAAGACAUACUCACCCUCACUUGUGCCAUCCUCACGCAGUGCUGCUUACCAAGAUGCGAAGGGCAGUGAUGGUGAUAGGACGGGUAGUGAUUCGGAUAGGAGGAGAGGCAAGGAGCGCGAGAGGGAGAGCAAAUAUGAGGAGAGCUACAGAGAAAGAGGACAAGGUGGCGCCAGCGGAACUGCCACCCCCGUCGAGAGGAGCAGGAGCACCGCAGCGUAUGUUGCGUCUUCCGUGUCCAGGGUUGCCAGUAGCGGAAGUGCUGCAAGUGGACCGGUCGGGGUAGGAGAGAUGCUGUCAUCCUCGUGGGCUCCACCCACUGGAGCUCCUUCCUCGCGCUCUCCAUCAAUACGUCCGCCUCAACCUCAAUCACGCUCGACGUCCAUCUAUGCUGGCGAGCCACCAGCGGCGAUUGUAACUCCAAACCAUACAUCCCAACUUCCACCCCAUUCUCGCUCUCCGUCAAUCUAUGGAGAUAGUGUUGAGGUACCACCAGCAACACCGGCUGCUGCUCAAGACUGGAGCUUUGGUGGCACACCGAAGUCGGCAGUGGACGAGCAAAGGAAUAGUCACCUUUGGGACAACCCUCCGGGAUCACAACCUUCCUCCUUUGAUGCCAACGCUGACCGACCUAGGUCGACGUUCGUCGGCGACGAACAUGUGUCUUCCCCCGUUCAAGAUCCUCUCUUCGGUCAACCACAGUCAAUCUUUGACCAGCAACAGGAGUCGUCGUUCAAUAGGCCCAAGUCGCCAUUUGUCACUGAGCCGGCGCGAGCUCCAUCACCCUUCGUCGACCAUAACAAGAGCGGUGCGGAAGGUGGGUUCUUCGGCAACGAUAGACCCAAGUCAGCUCUCGGCGAACACCCGCCUGCCAUGUUUGGCGACACAGGGCCCGCGGCCGAUGCUGGUGGUGCUGCCAAUACCCCGUUGUUCGGUGAACCACCAACCUCAGUUUUCGGCACCGACACACCUAGUGGUGCUACAGACAGAUGGGGCUUCUCUGCGACGACGUCUAUACCUGCACCUGCUGCUCCAGAGCCUGCCAGUGCCACUACCACGCCAGGAAAGAAGGGCAAGAAGAAAUCAGGAGUAGCGACUCCUGCAAGCGGGCUUGCCUCGAGAGCUUCACCGGCGGUCAGUGCCAAAAAGUCGCCGCUUGGUACUUCACCUGCAAUUACUGGUGGUGGUAUCUUUGAUGAACCAGCUGGAACAACUGCUGCUCCUGCUCCGACUCCCUCUCUUUGGGGUAGCGGCGCGGGCGGCCUCUGGGGCUCGAAAGGAACAUCGCCUAAACCUUUAAGCCCUCUAAACCCUGCCUCUCAGGUUACGAACGAACCUACUGCUUCUCCCGCUGCUGCUCCUGCAGCCGACACUUGGGAUACAUGGGGAGCUGGUAACAAUACCUCUGGCGGAGAUGGUUGGGGAGGUGGCGGCAACGACAACGCUGCUGGCGGUGGAGAUGGUUGGGGAAGUGGCAAUAACGACAACGCAGCUGGCGGAGGGGAUGGUUGGGGACAGGCCAACGUUGAUGAUACACAACCAAAUGCUCCGAGCCCUGCUGCUCCUGCUGUGGAAGAAACGCCAACACCUGUUGAAGAGUUCGCGACUGCUACUGCCGGCAAGAAAAAGAAAAAGAAGAGUAACGCAGCAGAGAAGAAGGCUGAAGAGGACGCUUCUAAGAAGAAAGCCGAGGAGGACGCUGCUAAGAAAAAGGCUGAGGAUGCUGCAGCUGCUAAGAAGGCUGAAGAGGAGGCCAAAGCUGCGAAAAAGAAAGCCGAUGAAGAGGCCGCGCAAAAGGACAAAGAGGAAGAGGACCGGAAAGCGAAGGAGACUGCGGAGCAACAGGAAAAAGAAGAAAAAGAGCAAAAGGAGAAGGAGGAAAGGGAAAGGGCUGACGCUGCAGCUGCUGCAGCUGCCCCGGCGUCGCUGUUCGGCAACACUACAUCUGCGUUUGGUGAUACAGGAGGUGGCGAUGACUCUUGGGGUGGGUGGGGCUUCGGCUCGACUACCAAGAAGAAGGGCUCCAAAGCCACUACGCCGAUUACGCCCGCGGCACCCUCUGUGUUUGGGGGUAGUUCAUGGGGCUUUGGGGGACCAACUUCCGCGUUCGAAUCUGCGCCUAACGUUGCACCUUCGCCGAAACCUGAGCUAGGAACCUUCGACUUCAAUUCCUCUGGACCUAGUUUGGGUUUCUCCUUCGGCGGUGCUGACAACAAACUGGCCUCGAAACCACCAUCUCGUGCUCCAUCUCCCAAACUAGCUGCGGUAACAACAGAAGAUCCCCCCGCGCCCAUUGAAACGACGGGCGACCCACCAGCUGAAGGCGCUACUGCAGGCGGAGAAGCUGGCGACAAAGCUGAAGAGACGAAGGCUGACGAAGAUGAAGGCGCCGGGGACACUACCGGUAAGAAGAAGAAGAAAAAGAAGAAGGGUGCCGCUGAGGCAGAUGCAACCCCUUCAACUCCUGCUAAUGACGACCCUCCACCGUCGGCAGUGGAACCACCACCACCACCGCCAGCAGACCCCGAACCUGUCGAAUCCCCUGCCGCCGAUUUCACCCCCGUGGCUACAGGAGCCAAGAAGAAGAAAAAGAAGAAGUAA